AUGGCGGUGAUGGAGAGUUCGAAAGCAUCGGUGCAGAUCAACGGUUUGAGAUUCACGUAUCCUGGAAUAGAUGGUCAUCCACCGCCGGGAUCCACUCCUCUUAUCGAUGAUUUCUCUCUCACUCUCAACGCUGGCGAUCGGUGUCUCCUCGUCGGAUCCAAUGGCGCCGGGAAAACAACGAUAUUGAAGAUACUGGGCGGGAAGCACAUGGUGGAACCGCACAUGGUUCGGGUGUUGGGAAGAUCAGCUUUCCACGACACCGUUUUGACUUCCUCGGGUGAUCUUUGCUAUCUUGGAGGAGAGUGGAGGCGUGAUGUUGCUUUCGCAGGAUUUGAUGUUCCAAUUCAAAUGGAUGUUUCUGCUGAGAAAAUGAUUUUUGGAGUUGCAGGUAUUGAUCCCCAAAGAAGAGCCGAACUAAUCAAGGUAUUAGAUAUUGAUCUCUCAUGGAGGUUGCACAAGGUAUCUGAUGGUCAGAGAAGACGCAUCCAAAUUUGUAUGGGUCUCCUCAAGCCAUUCAAGGUUCUUCUACUUGAUGAGAUAACAGUUGACCUUGAUGUGCUUGCAAGGGCUGACCUUCUGAAUUUCCUUAGAAAGGAAUGUGAAGAGCGAGGUGCCACAAUCAUCUACGCAACACAUAUAUUUGAUGGUCUAGAAAAGUGGCCAUCACAUAUUGUUUAUGUGGCUCAUGGGAAAUUGCAAUUAGCAAUGCCAAUGGACAAGGUUAAGGAGAUUAGCAAUUUGUCACUAAUGAGAACAGUAGAGCGCUGGCUGAGAGAAGAAAGAGAUGAAGAGAGAAAGAAAAGAAAAGAGUGGAAAGCAUGUGGCCUUCCAGAAUUUGAAAACCAGAUUAAGGGAAGCCGUGUGACAGGGGAUCCAGCGCAAGCUGCUGUGCGUGCAUUGAACAACGGCUGGGCUGCAGGAAGGAUGCACUCCACAGUUGCUGGUGAAGAAAACUUUCUCUUCAGCUCAAACAGAGUUUUAAGGCAAUAGAUGAACUCAACUAGGAACGAGUUCUUUGAGCUUACCCUAGGUACUGUUACAAUAAUAAGCUUAGAGAUUCUCAACAUUCUCUUGCCUAGGCUUUUGUUCAGCAGAGCAUCAGAAAGGAAAUAUGUCCAUCAUUGUUUGUGCUUGCAAGAAGCCAAGAAAUAAUAGCCGAGAGUCCAAUCAGGUACACCGGUUCCUGAUUUGUUGUAUUAUAUCUCAUCGUUAAGGCUGUGUAACGUGAGCGUAUAGGGUCAAGCAUAGCUAGUAUCAUCUGAUUUAUCCAAUAUGAAAAAGUUCAUUAAUAAAGCCAAA